CGGGAGAGAGAGAGAGGAAAAGGCGUUUCCACGGUACAGCAGCCGGUGACUGAGCAGCGGACAGUGGAGCAGACGGACCGAAAGCGGAAUCACGACCAUCCUAAAAGACAUUUCUCUUUUAAUCUCUCCAAACACCGACUGACAGCUCAUCUCACCGGUGUCCCCUUCACGGCCGCGUUUCCCCACGCUCAUGAAACACACUCAAAUCCAUCACUGACCCACUUCACACCGCAAAAGUGAACCGACACUGACGGAGUGGACUUUUUUCUUCUACCUUUCCUGCAGCACGUCUGUCCUCUCCCGGGCCGAAAUUAAAACCCCACAGAGCUGCUUUCUGUGAGAGCCAGAGGAGAUUACCUUCCCGCAGACUCCCGCAUCUCUCUCCCUUUAACUGUAGCUGACUCAUAUCUGCUGCGCUCGGGACCAUGGCGGAGUACAGCUCUCUGCUCAGCGACCUGUCUGAAAACAUCACCAACGAAGACUUGGAGCAGCUCAAGUCGGCCUGCAAGGAGGACAUCCCUGAGGACCAGAGCAACAACAUCACCUCCUCCAAGGAGUGGUUCAGCUACCUGGAGAAGAACGACAAGCUGGCCCAAGAUAAUCUGUCGUACAUCGAGCACAUCUUUGAGAUUUCACGGCGACCGGACCUGCUGACGAGGGUGAUCGAGUACCGCACCACCGUGCUCAAGAUCUCUGAGGACGACGAGAUCGACACCAAGCUCACACGCAUCCCCUCAGCCAAGAAAUACAAAGACAUCAUCCGCCAGCCCUCUGAAGACGAGAUCAUCAAGUUGGCCCCUCCCCCUAAAAAGGUGUGAGGUGUCGACCCUCAGCCCUGAUCUUUGCACCUUGAUUUCUUCACUCCUGGCACUCCAAUCAACCGACCAACCGUUUCUGACCAACCCCAUCACUCCCCCACCUCACCCACCCUCACA